ACAGUUCCCUUACGUAGCCGCCCAGAACUAUCAAUACCAGCAGCAGCAACAAAACCUUCAAGGAAAGGGUUCUCAGGAACUUUACAAUAUUUAUCCAAUCUGUGAUGCCCAAUUUGCGACACCACCCUCAGCCAACUCAAUCUGAGCAAAGUUCAAAACGUCCAAGGGAAGAACUGCAACAGACUUCUUAUUCUCAACUUAGACCAAUCUCAGCUUUGAAUACGAAUCGCUCAAUUGCAAUUACACCUCCGCCAAUUACUUCUCAAGUACAACCUGGAUCUCGUGCAAGAUCUUCCACAACUCAUGCUUCCUCUGCCUCUGCUUCGAAAGCUAAGGCAGCGACUAGAGGCCCUGGGAGCUUUUGGACCGCAGAUGGGAUGGAUGCCUUUGUGGAUUGGAUAACUGACCCCCACAACUAUGAAAAAUUGCAAAGAGUACGGACAGUAUCUGGUCAAAAGAAGGCCGACGUGCAUACCGCUAUUGCUGAAUACGUAAACGGGGUUUCCGGAACUGAUUGGACUCAAAAGAUUGUAAGGAACAAGAUUGAAUAUGCAAAGAAGAAAUAUGACCAAGCCAAGGCCCUUGCAGACCAAACUGGUGGUGGAGAUACGGAGAAUUUAGCAGACCUUCGAAGGCAAAUGAUGGAAAUAUGUCCUGAAUACGACCGAUUCCACGCUGUUUGGGGAAGCUCAUUAGCGAGGAACCCCCCUCCUCUCAUGCAGUCAUGUAGACGUGUCAUUGAUGAUUCCUCAGAAAGAGAGUCAUCUCCUGAGACAACUCUCGACUCUGAAGAUGACGGCCAGGAAGAUGACGGCAAUGAAGGUGGAUUUGUUAUUAAUGACUUGCUUCAAGUUAACGACGAAGAUAAAAGAGACCGAGUACCGAAGCGUCGAAGGAAAGCAAAACUUAGUGAAAAAGAUGCUUUUGUUCAAAGUACUGUGUCUACUUUACAAACGCAAGUCGGCCUCGCCGCAUCUACGAGAUACAAUGCAUGAAAUGACAGCAUGAAAGAGCGAGAGAGAGCUAUGCUAGAUAGGGAACGAAAUUUUGAAGCUAUGCUGAAACAACGGGCGCAGGAUUUUGAAACACUAUUGAAAGGAAGAAGAGAUGAAUUCGAAAAAGAAAAGGAGAUAUACAAAAAAGACUUUGAAAAAGAAAAAGAGAUACAAAAAAAGACUUUGAAAAAGAAAAAACAGAUACAAAAAGAGGA